AUGGGAGAAACUGGAGAUGAUUCAAAAACUCUUAGGGAGUUGUUCUCACCCAUAACCACCAACCCUCCAUCUUGCAUAGUAUUGCCUGCAACCAUUGCUGCACAUUUUGAGUUAAAGCCACAGAUAAUCCACCUUCUUCCUACUUUUCAUGGAUUGGAUAUAGAAGAUCAUUAUAUGCAUGUGAAGGAUUUUCUUGAGAUUUGUGCUACUUGUAAGUUUCAGAAUUUCAUUGAUGACUCUGUUCGCUUCCGUUUAUUCCCUUUUUCCUUGAAGGAUAAGGCAAAAGCAUGGCUUAAUUCUUUGUCACCUGGAUCUAUCACUUCAUGGGAACUGUUGGUCACAAAAUUCCUCUCUAAAUUUUUCCCAAUGGCCAAGACCAAUGCUUUGAGGAGAGAAAUUGCAGAUUUUUAUCAGGAUAAACAAGAUAAAUUUUAUGAGAGUUGGGAGAGAUUUAAGGACUUGAUCUUAAAGUGUCCCCAUCAUGGUUUUGAAACAUGGAGACUAGUACAAUACUUUUAUAAUGGUUUGACUCAGACAAAUCGUAACAUGAUUGAGUCCAUGAAUGGUGAUGGAUUUUUGAGUCUUGUAGAUGAUGAGGCAUACAAAUUUCUUGAGAAUUUUUCUGAAAGUUCACAACAAUGGGAUUUUUCCAAUCAUAAAGAGAGAUGUGCCCCUGCAAUUAAGAAAGGAGGAUUGUAUGAAGUCAGUGAAGAUUUAGACAUAAAAGCUAGGUUGGACAAUCUCACUCGUAAGGUUGAAGCUUUAGCUUUAGGUAGAGGGAUGAAUUCUGUCAAUCAAGUUCAAAGUGAAACAUGCUCUAUUUGUGCUAGUCCUAUGCAUACAACACAAAUGUGUCCUUCUGCAGCUGGGUACCUUGGUUUUUAUGCUGAGCAAACAAAUGCACUGAAUAAUUAUGGAAAACCAUUUGCUAGUCCAUUUUCAGAGACAUACAAUCCAAAUUGGAGGAACCAUCAUAAUUUCUCAUGGAGGCAAAAUCAGCCUCCCAUAAAUUCUAUUACUACCCUUAGGUCUGGUAAGCAAGUUGAUAAUCAAGUGAAAAUGCCAGAAGUGGAGGAUGAUGAAAAUACUGUGUUAAAGGAAAAAGGAACUCAUAGUUCACAUGAUGAUCAUAGAGAAAAGAAGGACAACCCACCCGCCACUCCAAUUCAGGAUCUUAAUUCCCCCCUUGAUAAGAGGUUUGUUCCUAAAGCUCCAUUUCCUCAAAGGUUAAUCAAUCCUCAGAAAAGUGCACAAUUUGGAGACAUUUUAGAGGUUUUUAAGCAAGUGCAAAUAAACAUUCCAUUUCUUGAUGCAAUUCAGCAAGUUCCUGCUUAUGCCAAAUUUCUAAAAGAUCUUGUGACAAUGAAGAGAAAGACAAAUGUCCCUAAAAAGGCAUUUUUGACAGAGCAAGUUAGUUCAAUCACUCAGAAUAAAUAUCCAGCAAAAUGUAAGGACCUUGGAUCUCCUACAAUUUCAUGCAGGAUUGGGGAUCGUCUCAUUGAGCGAGCUUUGCUAGAUUUAGGGGCAAGUGUGAACCUAAUGCCAUAUUCAGUAUACUUAUAG